AAUGUAUUGGCUUUGAAUUAUUUUGUAAGAUUUUACAACUGCUCUACUAUUUUGUAAUCCUCUCUAAUUUGGACAUGCGCUUACUUUCUUGGUACUUUUAACACAAAAAAGGAGUUUUUACGUUUAAAAUGUGCUGUCCGUGUCGGUGUCCGAGAAGGAGCCUCAGCUGCCAGAUACGAGAUCGAUGUUGUCCCAGGCCUUGUUGCCGUGAGCGAUCCUGCUCCGUGGGCAAUAAUCGCGUCAUCUUCCCUGGGGAGUUCCAAAAGUUCUCGGACAUGAUCCCACCUAGUUUUCUUACGAAGCAGCCAAAGUGCCAAAAGGUUAAGAAGAAAUCAAAUUCUGCAAGUCAGGCGGCCAAGGGGAUAAAUGAUUCCGAUUGUGUUGACAACGGAAAUAAGGAUAAUUUAUGCGACCCCGAAGAACAGAAUGUCCCCCCCGAACCAGGACCUGGAGUUCCAUGCAACCCCCACCCAGAUCAAUGCACAGAUAUGCCUUGGUAUGGAAACAACUGUCAAUCUGAAAAUCUAAUGCCAAUCUGUAUGCCACCACAACCCCAAUGGGUAUGCGUUGGAUGCCCCGGUCCUAUUUGUUGUCCAAUACCUCCAAGAGAUCCUGAGGGAUUUAAUACGGCACUUCCAGCCGCAGGAAUGCCCACUAAACGUUCGGCUCCGUUUAAUCCCUGCACGGGACAAAUUUACCAAUGUGAAACUCAGGAUAUUAUGGCCGGAAACGAAACUGCUCAGUGCCCGACCUAUAACCAAAUCUGUCAGGGCGUAAACAUAUGCUUUUGCCCUGGCAACCCUUGCUAUCAACUGAAUCCUUGUAACUUUGGAGAAGGAGCAAACCCAAACCAACCUAAUGGAAAUCAACAAUAUUAUCAGCCUUAUCAGGGCGCUAACAUGGUUCCCAAUCCUAGUAACCCAUAUUAUCAAUACAAUGGAGACGGAAAUGCAUGUCUGCCUCCGAGGAAUCCGAGUCAAGUUCCCCAAGAAUAUUCGCCAACGGGUGAAAUGCCUCAAGGUGAUAAAAAAUCAAAUAGUAAAUCAAAAAGAAAGGAUAAGGGAGAAGGAAGCGUAGCAAAGGCAACCAAAUCAACGAAAGAUACCACCGGUAACCAGAACCAUCAAUAUAAUCAGAAUAACUAUGGAGUGGGAGCAUACCCAAACGGAGCCAACCCAUGUCAAGUAUAUUACCAAUACUGUCAGGGUCUUGGUAACCCGUAUUAUCAAUACAACGGCGGAGACGGAACUGUGGGUGCAUCUUUACCUCAGGCUCAUAAUAGAUCAAAGGGUCAAGGAAUGGGAAAUGAAGCGAGAGAAGGAAACAUAGCCAAGGCAACCGAAUCAAGGAAAGGUGCCACCUCAGGCCAAAGACAACAAUAUAAUAAAGAUAAUUGCGUAGAGGUAGGUCAAAUGAAUUCACGUCAAGUACCUCAGCAGAAUCAAUCCUCUGGCCAUGUGUCUCGAGGUGGUAUGGGGUCAAACUCUCAAGGAAAGAGAUACGAAUCCAGGGAAGCUCCCAGAUCUAAUAACCACAAUCGACAUAACUCCCACAAUUAUAGAGAGGGAUCAAUGGAUCGUCGAAGAGAUUCUCAGGGAAAGCAAUCUGGAAGAUCUGUUCCUCAACAGAAUACAACUGGUGGUCAUAGUGGGUCUCAAGGUGGUAACAGGUCAAAGUCUCAAGCAAUAGAACGUCCAAGAUCUAAUAAUCAAAAUCAACCAAUAGAUACUAGAAAAUCUCCUCGGACAAACUCGCCUGGCAAUCAAGUUCAGCGAAGUUCUUAUAGAUCACAGUCUGUAGAGCCGCGAAUCGAAUCAAGAAAAGACAACUCAGCCAGAAACCCCCAACUGAGCAGAUCAAGAACCAAAAGUCCUGAUCGAGCUCUUCAUGGUGAUAGCAGGUCAAAGUCCUUGGGAAAACGAUACGAGUCAAGGGAACAUCACUCUAAAAAUAAUACUGAACCUAAUUCACAAUUCUAUCAACAGAGUAGAGGCAUGAGUUUUGGUCCCUCAAAUCAGCACUCUGUAGCAGAUUGUCCUUUUCCCGAUCCCAUCUAUACCACUCAAUUAGAGUCCACUUUGGGUGACUCACGUUCUGCGAGUGAGAGAAACAAAUCAAAAGAAGGGAACUCAACUAGGACGAAUCAAAGUCUCUCCGGAAAUCAACCCAUUCAAAGUUAUAACUUGCGAUUUGAUACCAACAAUCAAUGCUGUCCCAACGAAUGUUUCUGUCCUCCGAGCCCACAAAAGUUGGGGUUCCCAAGAGAGAAGACCUUUGACUUGACUUCGCAAGACCGCUCGCAGCUUCUCAACCGGACUAAGGAGUCCGGCUCAUUGGAUGAUCUGCAGAUGUCUAUGAAAAAGUGUAAGAACAGGCCGGCUUCGGCUGCCAAGAAGAGUGUUUGUAAAUCGUGUACCAAAACUAAGCCCUGCCAGCCAACGCUCGAAGAGCUACUCGCAAAUGAAGUAUCACAGCAGCCUCAUGUGCUCGUGCUCAAGUCGAAUAAGGAUGAUAAGAGGAAAAAACCUUCUGCAAAGCGGGAGUACUCCGAAGCCCAGGUUCAAUGCUGCUGCGAUUCACUGGAUGAACUUAGCAGCUGUGAAUCCCAGGACGACGACGACAACUGCGAUAAUGGCUCAGACACGGUGACUGACAAUGCCGAGGAGAAACCCAAUAGUGAUGAAUCUAGUACCGCCAAUACCGCCAAGUCCACCAAUAGCUGCUGGAUGGGAUGUUUUAAUCCCUGCCGCUGUCGCUACGGUCCUUGCAAUGGUCCUUGCGGCGGUCCCUGCAGCGUUCCCUGCAAUGGUCCUUGCAACGGUCCCUGCAGCGGUCCCUGCAAUGGCCGCUUCUAUUACUGCGGAAACUGCUACAAUGGUUGUCGCAAGUGCUACUGUUACCCCUGCAAUCCCUGCGCUGGCUAUUGUUGCAGCCAGCCACCGGCUGACCCGCCAAAGAGUGACAAAGCUAAUGCAAAGUCAAAGGAAAAGGUAGAGGGCGGAAAGGGUACUCACAAGCGAAAAAAAGGAGGCGUCUCUGAGAGCAAUCCAAAUUACUCUAUCCUGCCGCCUCCGCCCAUACUCGGCUUUCCUUUUACGAGUCCUUCGACCAUGUCCGGUUAUUCUCCAACUGUGCCGCCCCAAUACAUAUCUCCGUACAGUGGACGCUGGCCAGCGAGCGAAGUCGUAAACAAUCCAAUGUUUUCCAACAAAAAUCCAUGAAUAGCUGCACGCGCCACUGACAUAGGAAUCCUUGUCAUGUCUAAAUUAUUCGUUGAAAUAUUACUUUUUUAAAACAACACUAGACGACACCUAAUAAAAAAAUAAUUCAAAAACAA